UGGUGGGGGGCUCUUGAUCUAGGGAAUUGGAUCUGUGCCCCAGUUCCCUGAAUUGAGCCUGAAUGCCUUUGAUCUCCUCCCCCCCUCCCACAUGCGCUGUAUAACCCUAUGAGUUUAGUGCUCCCCCAUGAUUAUAAUAAUAUUAAUGUAUCAGUGAGUCACGUGGUAAUAUUUUGAUUUUAUAGCCCCGCCCCUCAGCACCGUCUUGGCUCAUGAUUGGCCACAAGAUGGAGUAGCCCACAUUCACAGUUACUUUUCUAGUCUAUUCCGAUGGCAAACUUAAUUAGUAAUAUUGAUAUAACACCAAGUGUUAGCUAUCUAUAUAGCGAACAUGUUCCUAAAAUAUAACAAGCUCAUAUAACGUAUGUCAGUAAAAAUGCUAGUAGGUAACUCAUGCAAGACAUGCGUUCACAUUCGGCUCAACGGCGUCAGUGCUCAGCUGGACACAGAAGAGUGAAGUGUAGCUCCUAUCAAGCUGCUGCAUCUUCACUUAGUGCUGUUGAAUUCCUAAACAACGAUGAGUUUUUCACAAGUGACCCAUGAAUACAGCGUUGAUAGCGAACUUCACCGGUAGUUACCACGUAUAAAGGACUGUAAUUGGUGGAGCCAAUAUUCAGCUCCUGGUCCUGCCUUUGAACUUCUAAUUCGCUAGCAUUUACUGAGUCCAGGCGUGUAGGGUCCUGUCAUACCUACUCUUGCAACUGUGGAUUGUGUGCAGCUAGUGGUAGCGUCAGCAUGGGAGUGCACAGAGUAGUGGAGGUGGCACAGUCAUUGGUCUUUGGUCUAGUGGCGUUGGUGUCGAGUCCACCACAUGUGGUUCUGGUCGGUCUGGACUCCUCUGGUAAGACUACAGCUCUGUUGCGUCUUAAGUACGGCCAGUAUGUGAACGCUGUGCCCACUGUGGGCUUUAACUGCGAGAAGGUGCGUUGUGGGGGCGGCCAGUGGCUGGUAUGGGACGUAGGGGGCGCCGAAAGGGUUCGUCCUUUGUGGCGGUCAUACACCCGUGCUACUGACGCUCUCAUCUUCGUGGUGGACUCCAGCAGCGGUCCAGACCGCCUGGAGGAGGCCCGUCUGGAGCUGCACCGCCUUACCCGUCAGCAGAACCAUGAGUGCCUGGCCCUCAACAGGGCUCGUCCUCCACUGCUAGUGCUGGCCAACAAGCAGGACUUGCCUGGGGCCAAGGACACCCAGCAACUGGCCAAGGCCCUAGGCCUACCUGACCUGCCGCAGCCGCAGGCCUGGGCGGUGGCCGCCGCAUGUGCCGUCACGGGUGAGGGUCUGGAUGAAGCUAUGGCUGCCCUCCAUCACCUCCUCCUCAAGACAAAGAAGACACACAAGACCAGGAAGUGAUCAUUAAUGUCACCGGUUAUCUCCUCAUGACUCAGAAUAAUCAACUGACGAAGACAUCUUUGUUCAGGGUAUUAAACCACGAUAAACCAGGAGUCGAAAUGCCCUUAGGGCCCAUCGGUCCUCUUCCCUGGAAUGUAGACAAGAAUAAUGGACCAGGAACUAGAGCUCACCAGCAAGACCUGUGCAAAUGGAGGAGUAUUUUAUGAUACGAAAAUUACUAGUGAUGACUUAAUUCCAGCAACACAGCAGUGAAUAAACUGAUAUUUUUAAUAUAAACAGCAGGUUAUUGGAAUAAGAAACUAAACUGAUAAAUUCCGUAGUAGGCUUGCUGGCCCAUGCUAGGCAGGUCUUACUCGUGAAGUUGCCUGAACUAUUUAUUAAUGUCACUGAAGUGAGUUGUACACCUCCAAGCUGUGGUAUUUUUUAGUGAAAUUAUUGUUCAUUUUGUGGUUAUACCAGGAAGGUGACUGUUGAUAUAUAUUUGAGAGUUCACUUGAUUUAAUUUUGUACAUUGAAACUCUACUUUUCAGGAUGACUAUUUUGGGCACUUGUUGGGACACGAAACUAAAAGUGGCUUAAUUUAAGAACUGGACAAUGCAAUAUGUCAAGUAAUGAAGUCAGGCCAGUACUAUACAGUUGAGAAAUUUGUGAUAUAAACAUUUGUGCCAUAAGAUACCAACCUUUAAUUAACUGCCUUGGCAGUAAACAUCAAUUUUUUUAAUACUUUUUACCACCGUUUUUUAAUGUAAGAAUUGCUUUUAUAUC